AGCAACACCCUGUCACCAAAAACACUGUGAUCACUGGAGAGUCGGCCACAGGACUCAGGACCACAGAGGAGGGGAGCUCGACUGUUCUCUUGAGGAGCUUAUCCCAGGGAGGAGGAUGAUAAAGCAGGUGUUGAUUGGGAUCCUGAGUGGCGCUGCCAUACUGACCGCAGGUAUCCUGAUCGGCCACUAUGGAAUCACAAACAGCAGCAGCUCGGCACCGUCCUGGAUGAACGAUGUGACCAAGGAUGUGGACGAGAGUCUUAUUGUACAGUUCUUGUCUGAGGUGGACAACAUCCAGAUCCAGGAAAACUUACGGGAGCUGACAAAAGUGCCCCACAUGGCCACCACAGCUGGAGAUGAGCAGACGGUGCAGUUCAUGCUGAAGAGAUGGCAAGACUCAGAAACCGGUCUGGACCAGGCCUGGAGAGAAGAGUACAUGGUCUACCUGUCCUUCCCGGACCCCAAGAAGCCCAACAAGGUCACUGUAGUGAACCCGUCGGACACUGUGCUGUACACCGCCAGAGAGAAAGAGAAGCCUUACACUUCGGAUCAAGCUGAUCCUGAGGUGGUUCAGCCGUACGCUGCGUACUCCCCUGCAGGACACGCAAAGGGGAAACUGGUUUACGCCAACCAGGGGACACCAAGUGACUACCGGCGGCUGAACCAGACAGUCGACCUGAGAGGAACAAUCGCAAUCACCAGAUACGGCGGAGCAGGACGAGUAGCUAAAGCCAUAAACGCAGCAGUGUACGGGGUCCUGGGCGUGCUCGUCUACACAGACCCUCUGGACAUCAACGACGGUCUGAUGUCAGACGUGAAUGAGACGUAUCCUCACUCCUGGUACCUGCCGCCCUCUGGUGUGGAGAGAGGAUCCUUCAAGAGUUUCUUUGGAGACACACUCACACCCUACCUGGCUGCCAAAGAGGAAACCUACAGAAUUCCAGUCGAGAACAUCACAGGAUUCUCUCCUAUUCCAAUUCAACCGAUCGGAUUUGAGGAUGCGUACAAAUUGAUCUGUGAACUGGGAGGAGAAGCAGCUCCAGCUCCAUGGCAGGGAGCCUUCAACUGUACCUACAGGUUUGGAGGUCCAGGGUUCAGGAACACAUCAGACUUCCGCAACAGUGAUGUGAAACUGGACGUCUUCAACUACGAAGAGGUGAAGAACUCCUCCAACGUGAUGGGAGUGAUCAGAGGGAGCGUGGAGCCGGACAGGUACGUGAUCUACGGGAACCACCGGGACAGUUGGGUUCACGGUGCCAUCGACCCCAGCAGCGGGACGUCGGUCAUGUUGGAGCUGACCAGGGUUCUGGGUCAGAUGGUGAAGCAGGGUAAAUGGAGGCCUCGCAGGUCCAUCAUCUUUGGAAGCUGGGGAGCGGAGGAGUUUGGACUCAUUGGAUCUGCAGAGUACACAGAGCAAUACUUCACCAAGCUCAGCGAACGCACCGUCGCUUACAUCAAUGUGGAUAUCGCUGUUUUUGCCAACGCCACCUUCAGAGCUUCAGGGAUGCCAUCAAUACAGAACAUCCUCUUCACAGCCGCAAAGCAGGUAAACGCACCUGGACUGGAUUCCACGUCUGUGUACGACAACUGGAUACGAUACUUCAACAGGACGAGCCCGGCCCGAGGUGUCGUUCCCAGUGUGGGAUACCUGUCCAGUGCAGGGAGUGAUUACGCUGCCUUCGUCCAUUACCUCGGAAUCACCUCCAUGGAUCUUUCAUACACAUACGACAGGAGUAAAACGAAUGCUCGUAUUUACCCAGCGUACCACACAGCAUAUGACACCUUUGACUACGCCUCAAAGUUCAUUGAUCCCGGGUUCGUCAGUCACCAAGCAAUCGCCAGGACGGCUGGAAACGUCCUGAUCCGAUUGGCCGACAGCCUGGUGUUGCCACUAAACUGCAGUGACUACGCAGAGAGUCUGGAGGACUACCUCAAUACUGCAGUGACACUAUAUGAAGACCAACUGAAAGCUAGGAACAUAUCCAUGGAGCCACUAAAACAUGCAGUGUGCAGCUUUCGCAGAGCAGCUUCUCAUUUGGACCAAGUGAUUCACAGUUCAGACCUGGCAAAUGAAACACCACUGAAGGUCAGAGGGAUCAACGACCAGCUCAUGCUGCUGGACCGAGCCUUCCUGGACCCUCUGGCCUUCCCAGAUAAAUAUGUGUACAGGCAUGUUAUCUGGGCUUCGAGCAGCGCCGGCAGACCAACCUUCCCAGGUCUGGCUGAUGCUUAUGCCAACGCUGAGUCAUCAACUCAGUCGAGCGACUGGGACAAAGUGCACUACCACCUGUCAGUCCUGAGCCAGGCCAUCGAGGGCGCCGCCCACAUGCUGGCCGAUGUCAUUUAGACGAAGAGGAGGAACGACACCUACUCAGAGAUUCUUGGGUUUAACCCUGUCUGACCCUGCAGCGAAUGAGCACUGAUCUCCUGGGCCACGAUUUAUUAUUCAUGGGUUUAGGAAUCAAUGAACAAAGCUCAUCCCCAAACAAAAA